AGCCAUGCUGUUUAAAGCAGCUCUUUCCUGUGUCUUCCUUCCCCUUCUUUUCUGUCUCACUCUGUCUCUCUCCCUGCAUCUCCCUCCUGUCUUUGCUCUGCUUCCAAACCACAGUCUUAGCCUUUCUUUCUUCAGUAACUCGGGAGUUUCCCGGUUCCUCCUCUUCUGAACCCCUGUGUCUGUCUGCUCUGCAGGAUGCUGCGGCUAAGUGUGUUUGGGCUGGAUCUGGGCUCUGUGGUGGCUUCCCCGUGGCAUCUUCUUCUGCUUGGAGCCGCUUCCUGGCUUUUGGCCAGAAUCCUUGCCUGGACUUACUCAUUCGGUGAGAACUGCUCCCGCCUCAGAUGUUUCCCUCAGGGCCCUAAGAGGAACUGGUUUUUGGGCCAUCUGGGCAUGAUCCAAAGCAACGAGGAAGGCAUGCAGCUGGUGACUGAAAUGGGCCAGACCUUCCGAGAUGUCCAUCUCUGUUGGCUAGGACCCGUCAUCCCUGUGCUGAGGCUUGUUGACCCUGCAUUUGUUGCCCCCCUGCUGCAGGCUCCAGCUUUGGUGGCCCCCAAGGACAUGACUUUCUUAGGCUUCCUGAAGCCCUGGCUGGGGGAUGGGCUCUUCCUGAGUUCUGGUGACAAGUGGAGCCGCCACCGCCGUCUCCUGACGCCUGCCUUCCACUUUGACAUCCUGAAGCCCUAUGUGAAGAUUUUUAACGAGAGUGUGAACAUCAUGCAUGCCAAGUGGCAGCGCCUAUCCUCAGAGGGCAGCGCACGUCUGGAAAUGUUUGAGAACAUCAGCCUCAUGACCUUGGACAGUCUGCAGAGAUGCCUCUUCGGCUUUGACAGCAACUGUCAGGAGUCUCCCAGUGAAUACAUUGCUGCCAUCUUAGAGCUCAGCGCCCUCAUAGUAAAAAGGUCCCAGCAGCUCCUCCUGUUGAUAGACUUCCUGUACUACCGCACUGCUGAUGGGCGGCGCUUCCUUAAGGCCUGUGACCUGGUGCACAGCUUCACAGAUGCCGUGAUCAAGGAGAGACGCCGCACCCUCUCUAGCCAAAGUGUUAAUGAGUCCCUGAAGGCCAAUGCUAAGUCUAAGUCUAAGACUUUGGACUUCAUCGAUGUGCUCUUGUUGGCCAAGGAUGAACACGGAAAGGAGCUAUCAGACGAGGACAUCCGGGCAGAGGCUGACACCUUCAUGUUUGGAGGCCAUGAUACCACAGCCAGCGCACUCUCCUGGAUCCUGUACAACCUGGCAAGGCAUCCGGAAUACCAGGAGCGCUGCCGGCAGGAGGUGCGGGAGCUCCUGAGGGACCGAGAGCCUGAGGAGAUUGAAUGGGACGACUUGGCCCAGCUGCCCUUCCUGACCAUGUGCAUCAAGGAGAGCCUGCGGCUGCAUCCCCCAGCUAUAGACCUCCUCCGCCUCUGCACCCAGGACAUUGUGCUGCCUGAUGGCCGGGUCAUCCCCAAAGGGAACAUCUGUGUCAUCAGCAUCUUUGGAAUUCAUCACAAUCCUUCAGUCUGGCCAGAUCCUGAGGUCUAUGACCCCUUCCGCUUUGACCCAGAAAACCCUCAGAAGAGGUCACCUCUGUCUUUUAUUCCCUUCUCCGCUGGGCCCAGGAACUGCAUAGGACAGACUUUUGCCAUGACUGAGAUGAAGGUGGUGUUGGCGCUGACGCUGCUCCGGUUCCGGGUCCUGCCUGAUGACACCGAGCCACGCAGGAAGCCGGAGCUGAUCCUGCGCGCGGAGGGCGGGCUGUGGCUGCGAGUGGAGCCGCUGACCAGGGGUGAGCAGUGACCCCACACCCGGCCUGGGACCUCCUCACGGUCCUGAGGACCUCUGCGAAGCCCAGAAUUAACAGGGCUCCACCAACUGCCAGCAGGUGUCGCUGGAGGACCUCAGAACCCGCUAUGGUCUCGGUUAGAGGAGGCGGGGCUUGUGUCUUUGAACUCUGGUUUGCUGAUUAGCCAAGCAAGGCUUUCCUGCUGCUGUUGAGUCUUUGCCAGCUCAAGCUUGAACCUUAUCCUAUUAGAGCCACUGUAGCUUUUUGAGCAGAGUGGGAGACGCCUGCUUGAGACUGUUCGUCACUGAAAGAAAGCAUUAUAAUCGUA